UCGGAGGAGUUCCUCAAAACACAGCCAAAACAAGCCUUACCAUGCGGUUACAACACAUCCUGCACGCAUUUUGGGUUGUCUUUAUUAAAUGGUACAGAGUGCUUCUGAGACGAUGCCUCAAUCAUCUUCAUGUAUCGGGAUUCUUGAUUUUCUUCGCGGAAAGAACUACUUCAUCACUGGCGCAACUGGCUUUGUAGCUAAAGUUUUAAUCGAGAAGAUACUGCGAGCAGUUCCUAAAGUGGGAAGAAUUUAUCUCUUGAUAAAGGAGAAAGACAAGGACGCUGCUGUGGAAAGAUUGAAAAAUGAGGUCAUAGGUGAGGAGCUGUUCAAGUGCUUGAAACAAAUUCAUGGAAAAUCUUAUGAAGCGUUCAUGAUGAGUAAGCUAGUUCCGUUGUCUGGGAAUCUAUGUGAAUAUAAUCUAGGGAUGGAUUCUGAUACAGCUACUGAAAUUGCAAGACAUGUCCAUGUGAUUGUGAACUCAGCAGCCAACACAACACUUGAUGAAAGGUAUGAUGUCGCUCUUAACGUAAACACCCAAGGACCUGCUUGGUUAUUAGAAUUUGCAAAGAAGUGCAAAAACCUUAAACUGUUCUUGCAUGUUUCCUCUGCGUAUGUUAAUGGGGAAAGAGAAGGAAUAAUCUUGGAGAGGCCUUUCCAUCUGGGACAAAGCAUAGCAGAGGAAAGGAUCCCCCCAACUUCUGUCCCUUGGUUGGAUGUCAGUGCUGAGAUCAAGUUGGCUUCUGAUAUGAUGGAAUCUCUCGGGGAUGAUAAUGAAGGAGCUCAAAAAAUGAGAGAUCUGGGGAGGGAGAGGGCAAGAAUCUAUGGAUGGCAAAACACGUACGUUUUCACCAAAGCCAUGGGUGAGAUGCUAAUCAAUAGCAAGAGAGAGAAUCUACCAAUUGUGAUCAUCCGCCCAAGCAUUAUUGAGAGCACCUACUCAGAGCCCUUCCCUGGAUGGAUACAAGAAAACAGAGUAACUGACCCAGUGUUCAUAUCAUAUGGGAAAGGUCAGCUUCCAGGUUUUGUUGGGAACCCCAAAACAGUUCUUGACAUUAUACCUGUGGAUAUGGUGGUGAAUGCCAUUAUAGCAGCCGUGGCAAAGCAUGGGACUGUUGGUAAAGCACAACUACGUGUGUACCAUGUUACAUCAUCUGUCUCUAAUCCUAUUUCCUUUGGCCAAGUAUUCGACUUUGCCUGUGAUCACUUCACUUCUUUUCCACUACUGAACUCAAAAGGGAAAAUUAAGGAAUUCAAGUAUUUCAGCUCAAUGGACAGUUUUUCUUCUUACAUUAGGGACGAAACAGAACAGCAAAUUGGACUAAACGGCGAUCUAUCCACUUUAGAUCCCAAGUUGCGUCUCCAGAUGCGAACAGAAUGCGCCAAUAGGCUUCAGCGAUUCGCCCGCAUGGCUGAAUUAUAUGAACCCUAUGCAUUUUAUAAAGGAUGGUUCGACUGCAGCAACAUUAAGGAAUUGAUCCAAAACAUGUCGACUCAAGAGAAGAAAUUGUUUCGAUUUGAUGUGGAGAGCAUAAAUUGGAAGCAUUACAUAAAAAACGUUCACCUUCCAGGCCUGCGGAGGCAUGUUAUGAAAGAAAAGCUUGUAGCAGUUGCAAGAUUGUGAUAAUCUAGGCAGUAAGAAAUAGCUGUGAACCCUCAAGCCUGUGAAGAAAUUGGCCUUUGUUCGCUUACACAUUCUGUUAGAAUAUAAUGGUGUUUGUAUGAUUUGUACGUGUAAUAUAACAUCAUAUCAAUGACCUUGUAUACAAGGAAUAUUGGCAUAAAUG